AUGGAUGCCCGAAACACCGACCGGAGACUCCGCGCUCGACAGUUUCAGAGAUUUUACCACCACAAACCACCACUGCAGAACAGAGAUCUAAUCACAGACGCUAUUCUAAAAAAGGCAAACUAUUAUGAACCAAACUAUAACCUCUCUCAAUGCGCGCCCGGUGAAGUGGAAUUUGAACCAAAAUGGACCGAGAAUAGAGCUAGCUUACGCUCUACAGUCAACACAAGUUUCUGGAAAGAGGCGUUUAAUGCCCCUGAAGAGGAAGAGGCGUCUGAAACUAGCAUGGCUAGCGCCGCUUCAACAUCGGAGGACCAAAAUUCGCUGUCUAUUGCCCUUGAUGGGCCCGAGCUGCCUGACACUACCGCCACUAGUGACCUGACCCAGACAAAGACCAUGAAGUAUUUGAGAUCCGUCCUGGAUACACUGGGAACGGAUGGCAUGCCAGGCGGCUGGGGAGAGGAAGAAGAAUUCCUUUUCACCAACAAACAGGUUGCUAGAUAUCUGCGAUGGACCAAGAAGGAAGGCGAAGGACCUGGAAAGGAAUAG